ACGACUGAAAGAAAUUUCCAUUCAGUGUUCCACAGUGCUUUGAAUUCGUGCUUUGAACAAGGUCAGUUUCUGUUUGGUGGUCCAUGUGUGAAGCAGGAUAGGAGAAUAUUAUCGUUUGGCUGGGGCUGCAUUUAGCAUCGACUGUAUCCACUCAGUGUAAGUGAGUUGAGUCAAGCAUGCCUUCUUACAAGCUCUUGUACUUUGAUACCCGUGGCCGCGCCGAAGCCACACGGAUGCUGUUCGCUGUGGCGAAUCAGGAGUUUGAAGAUGUCCGCAUCACUAGGGAGGAUUGGCCCAAAGUAAAACCAACCACUCCUCAGGGCCACAUUCCGGUGUUGGUCGUCGACGGUAAACAACUUCCUCAGAGUGCUGCCAUUGAAUCAUUCGUUGCAAAGGAGCUCGGAUUAUACGGCUCUAAUAACUGGGAGGCAGCACAGAUAGAUGUUGUCAAGGAAACACUAAAAGACUUGAUCGACCCUAUGAUCAUGCCCGUAAUGUUUGAGCUAGACAAAGCCAAACAGGCAGAAAACGCCAAGGAGUACUAUGAGAAUGUUGCACCUCCUCAUCUAAAGAAUCUCCAGGAUCUUCUUGAAAAGAACAAAGACGGAAUAGGAUACUUUGUUGGUGAUAAGGUAUCCCUAGCUGACGUCAUCUUCUUCGUCACCAUGGAGUGGUUUGAGAAGCCACCGUACUCCACCAAGGGCCUGGAAAGCUUCCCCAAACUGGUGGCGCUCAAGGAUCGCCUGGCCACCAACGACCUCGCUAAGCAUCUUAGAGAGCGCCCUCAAGUCUAUUGGAUCCAUGAUUGAAAAUUGAGGGCGCUGUUGUAAUAUAUAAAGGUUUUACUGGUUUCAUCUC